AUGGCCCAAAAAAUUGAUUUCGGUGCGCUGAAGGCGCGCACUAUGGGGUCUGGGGAGGAUGAAGAGGCCGUCACCGUAGACACUCGCGGCCUAAUUUCAAAGGUUCUUGCACGUUAUUCGGGGAAAUGGACGGUCUUACGCGAGAUGAUCCAGAAUGCAGCUGACGCCAAUGCGACAAAAGUCACCAUCAGAUUUGAGACCUUACCCUCGACCACGGUUCCAUUGCCACCAUCUGCCGAUGGCACGACUAUGAUAAAACACACCAUAUCACAUCAUACCCUCAAGCGUCUUCUAGUAUCUAAUAACGGCCUUCCUUUUAGCGAGAAGGACUGGGCAAGAUUGAAGCGCAUCGCGGACGGGAACCCCGAUGAGACGAAAAUUGGAGCUUUCGGUGUCGGUUUCUAUAGCGUUUUCGACGACUGCGAGGAGCCUUUUGUGUCUUCUGGCUCAGAUGCUAUGGCGUUCUAUUGGAAGGGAAAUGCCCUCUUUACCCGGCGACUGCAGUUGAAUGAGAAGGCCAACCCGGAAACAACAUUCGUCUUAGACUAUCGAAAUGAUACCUCGCCUAUGCCGUCGCUAAAGCAACUUUGUCAGUUCUUGUCCAGUAGCCUUACAUUUGUCAACCUCGAGUGCAUAGAGCUGUGGCUUGACGACUGGAAUAUGCUCCGUUUGGUCAAGAAGGCUGCCCCCAGUAUCAAUCUCACUAUCCCAAGAGAUAUUGAAACUAAGACGCAGGAAGGGCUAAUGAAGAUUGCGAGUGUCACGAGAGAGGUUGCACAGGUUGACGCUGUCUGGAUGCACGCUGUUGAAUGGAAUCCGAACGCAAACACGCUUCGCGAGGGUAUUCGAGACACUACCGUAUCAUUGCGCAGCUUCCUGUCUAGGAUCACCCAAGGAUCAUCUGAGAAGACCGUCGAUAACGAGAAAAAGGAGACCGCCGGUAGUUCGGGAGACUUGACAAAGAGCUCAACAGCUUCAGUAUUUUUACACAUCAAUACUGCGAGCAUCCAGGCUUCCAUCAGCCAGUCUUUGAGCAGUGAACUUGAACGAGCUACAAGAAAACCUCCACCCAAGAAAACAUCAAUCGCUGUCUUGACACCUUCGUAUGAUACGAGCCAAGCGUCUGCGGCUUCUGGAUCACAAGCAGAAUUUUUAUCCUCCAUUCUUCCCUCCAAAGGUGGCAGGGUUUUCAUCGGAUUUCCAACGCAGCAAACAACCGGUCUCAAUGCCCAUAUAUCUGCUCCCUCCGUCAUCCCAACAGUCGAACGAGAGAGCAUUGAUCUCAACACGAGGUACAUCAGCAAAUGGAACACAGAGAUGUUGAGAGCGGCCGGUAUAGUCUGUCGAGUCGCUUGGUCCGCAGAGAUGGCUUCGAUAAAGACCAGAAUACUUUCUGCCAAAGAUCCCUCAAUGCAGACAAAAAUUCGAAAAGAAGACAUUGUGAAUGUGCUUCCUGAAACUAUUCACACUGCGAAUCAGUUUGUGUUUCGUGAGUCUACACCGUCGACAUUGCUCGGACAGACAAUGGAAGACGCAUUUUGGACUUGUAAUAAGAAUGCCUCUAUUGAGGUGCUUUCCACGUGUGGUAUUGUUCAAAAUCACCAGGUGCGCAUAGCCGCAAAGGACUUGACGUUCCUAGACUCCAUACCUGUAUUGCCAGAUGAGUUCAUGGAGGGCUCGAAAGAGUUUGUCAAGAAGUUGACGAUGCUGGGGCUUGUAACCGAAGUUACAGUCUCUGAUAUCAAGCGUGAACUAGAGGCCAGUCCGUUACGUUCCUCUCAGAUUACAGAAUUUCUUUCCUGGUUAAGCCGAAGAGCUAUUUCUGGUCAGCUCGAUCCAUAUUCCGUGAAAAGCAUAUUAAAUGGCGCGGUAGCUUCCACUGAUGAUGAGAAUGGCACUGCCAGCGGUUUGAUUGUUUUCUCUGAAGUAUCGCUUUUUUUGAAUCCCCAGCGUAUACCUGCCGACCUCCCUUUGCCGCCAACCGUGAUGCCGUUCAAGUACACCAAAUCUUUGGCCAGGAAAGAGUUGGAAUCGUUUGGCUGGGAUGAAUUGCCUAUGACUCCCUGGUUAUGCUGGCUUCUCAGCAAUUCAAGAAACCGAAGUGUCCUUCCUCUGCCGCAAGACAUCACACAGACCUCAGCAUUCGCAGCACAGGUGCUACCAGUUAUAUCAAAACAAUGGGAGGGUCUGACCCAAACCGCAAAGGAAAAAGUGAUUGAUCAGCUACAAGUACAUACCGUCAUUCCUACUAGAAUCGGCAUGAAACAACCCGGCGAAACAUACUUUCCUUCCGUCCGUCUUUUCGAUGAUCUGCCUGUUAUACAUGGGCUCCAGGGGGUAAAAGAAAAAUUCCUGACUGCCCUUGGAGUACGGAAAACCGUCGAGCUCGGUGUCAUUUUUGAGCGACUUCUAAACAAUCCUGGUACAGUUGAUGGGAAGCCGCAUAACAAGGGAAAGUGGAGCCACGUCGAUUUGAUACGAUACCUGGCGUCCGUCAGCAGUGAUAUUCCUGCCAGUGACAUCAAACGCCUCAAAGACACUAGUUUCUGCACGGUCGAGUCGAGCAUUGGUCGUGAGGGUUCAAAAGUGUUGGACCAGAAGCGCUAUAAAGCUCAGGAACUUUUUGAACCGAACGAUUCCCUUCGAGCCCUUGCGCUUCCAGUUAUUGAGUGGCCAGGGAUGUUCAUAUCCAGCAGUAUUGAGGGGAAAUUCUUGGCUAGAUUGGGACUAAAAAGCUUCCCAACAGCGGCUGAAGUCAUACUAAUCAUGGCCAAGGCGGCUGCCUCGAAUAAUUGGACUCUGCAUGGGAAGGCCAUGGCGUAUUAUGUCACCGAGUAUGAUUCCAAAGGUUAUGGCAUUUUUGAUUGCAAUUCGGUUACCGAACCGUUUUUGCCAAUUGAAAAGCCGAACAAUUUCUUUACUAAGAAUUUGAGCGAUAAACAAGCGGGUUUAUUCAACUCACCGGCCGAAGGACAGUAUAACAUCAGUUCUCCAAGCAAGUGUUAUACAGAUGAAGGUGCCUCCUUUUUUGGUUUCAAUAUUCUCCGCAAGGACCUCCAUCGUCAUGCCCCCAAGCUCGGUGUCAAACAACAUCCCAAGCUCUCCGACUGCCUUGAUAUGUUGAUACGUAGACCACCACCUACAAAACAUGACGCAAGAUUCCUUUAUCGAUAUCUCGCCGGAAGGGUGUCUGAGCUUAACCAGCGCGAUAUAGAUCGUGUUGGAGGUUCCGAUAUAGUGCCGAUUCAUCCAAGCGACGGGGCCCCCAGAGAUGGGACAAUACGUCAUGUAUCGCCAAGACUUUGUUAUCUUGGGGAGGGUGAAGAUUACAAAGACUUGUUUGAUUUCGUCGACUUUGGUCAGGAGGCAAACCUCUUCCUGAUGGCUGUUGGGUCAAAGAGAGAGCCAACAAAAGUUGAGUUGGCGCAGAUGGUAGUCAGGGAACCUGCUAGGAUUUCCUCUACCUUUCAGAGUGCCGAAAAGUAUCUAAGAUUGUUGAGAACGCUUGCUGAAAACGUCUCUGUUCUCAAGAAACACAAAGAACUAUUCCAGGAGAUGAAAAAGUCAGCUUUCUUACUUGCUAGCAAAGACAUCACAACGACCACUGAGCAGUCUAGGAGUGAAAUUAAAAAGGGCUUCGAUAAUUCUGAUGACGAAGACGAGGCUGGAGAGGAUGGCAUCAAGGAAUGGACACUGGCCGCAGCAAAAGACGCGAUUGUGGUCGAUGACUUCCAAAGCUUCGUUCUCUUCAAAGAGCACGUAUUGGCCGCGCCCCAGGAAGAGGCACUUGAGAACUUCUACAUCGCUUUAGGGGCAGUACCUCUCAGCCGGCUUGUGGAAGAACGAGCUCACUGGGGAGCAGUAACUGCUGAUCAGCGCUCUGCUGUCAAAUUAUCAAAAUUGAUUAAAGAGCGUGCAAGGCUUUUCCUUCAUGAUCAACCUUCGGAGGCAGUACGACAUGACAAUCGAUGGAUUGAUAAGAACCUCAAAGUCCAGGUUGUUCAGUCUAUCGCAAUCACACGGUCUCUCAAGGGCCGUCGUAUAUCUUACCAGCAAGAGAGAAAGGCGAUAGUUACCGAGAUCUCGAGAGAACGUGUCAUGCGAAUAUGCCCCGGCCGGUAUGAUUUCUACGAGAUUAGCCAAGCACUUUCACAUUUGAUUCUCACUCGUCCAAAACUUCAUUCGCCGCUCACCUUGGAAAUGCUGUUGAAAACUGAUUUGUUGGAGCUGAGAGGGCGCGGCUAUAAUGUGGAGCGUAUUCUAAAACAGAAGGCUCAGGAAGCCCGAAUCGCAGAGGAUCGGCGACAGCAACAGCUCGAGGAAGAACGUCGGCAUUUACAAGAAAAGGAAGAGGCGUUGGCCAAGGAGGAAGCUAAGAACGAAACACCUGAGAAGCAGGGCCCAGCUCCAAUGCCCGGCGUCUUUCCGGACUCGCCGUCGUCGAAGGGUGUUCGUCCCACCUCCCCAUCGGAGUCGACCAAAGAUAGGCGCCAGGGCCUAUUUUCCUCUUUCACAAAACAUUUCAAGGACGGGAAUCGAUCAUCCUGGAAUCCCUUCAGCGAGACCUCCACAUCGCCUGAUUCUCCUAGUGAUCCUCCUCUUCCGCCCCCUCCGCCUAAAGAACCAAAACCACCUCUGCCAGAGCCUUCCGUGAACGUCAGCUCUCCCCUACAACUGCAAAAGAAAUUACUUUCUGCUGUCCAAGCCAGUCGGCCGCAUGGGUCGUCCGGUGUAUUCUCCAGGCCACAGACAAACCAACUCAAUGAAUUGAAGUCUUAUUGCGAUGAAAAACCCGGACAUGAUCUGGAGUUUGCCGCGACACUUCCUUGUCGAGUCAAUGUUCUAGUUGCAAGAACGGUUCCCGAGAGGUCCGCUUUCCUAGCUCAGAACAGUGCUGGCAUGAAUCUGUUUGGCUCUAUACUGCUUGAGUGUGCCGAUGUGUUUUCUCUGCGGCCCGAUACUCUAAGUAUCUUCCAUGACCCCGGUUCGAAGUCCAUCGCGUUCAACCGAUCCGGUAGUGUCUUCUGCAAUUAUCAUUAUUUCCAGCAGCUACAUGAGAAGGCAUUGCUCCAACACGCGACUCCGGACCGGGCCGAGGCAACAGUAUACUGGUGGGUCAUUCUCUGCCAUGAGUUGGCGCACAAUCUGGUUCAAGACCAUAGCUCCGCCCAUAGCUACUACACUGAAAGCUUUGUGAGCCAAUACUUCCCUAAGGUAGCAACUAAAAUCGCAACUGCAGCGACAAAGAUUCAGAGCCCUGGGAAUUAA